GCAUCUGAGUUCCACUCAGAAGAAAACGAAAUUCAAUAGAUUAAGUAUAAAAACGAUGAAGUGUGCAAUUGUUUUGUUUGCUCUCGGUGUCGCCAGCGUUAACGCUAUGGCUCAACCGGCGGCUGGAAGUUACGGUCCUGUCAAUUCGUUUGCAGCCUCAAACCCUUAUGCGAAUGCAUUUAAUCCCUACCUUUCUGGCGCUAUCGGAGGAACUAUCGGAGGCUCUGGAGGUGGCGUAGUUACUGCUCCACCACUUGCUGGCUUUCCUAUAGCUGUGUUUUUCCAAGCGAAAGUGCUUAUAAAAGAGGCUGAGCGUUUGCUGUCCCAAGCUGAUUUUCCCGCCGAUCUGGCGAAUCGCAUCCAGGAUGUGGGGGCUGAUGCACAGAAAGGCUUCGCAGGUUGCCAGGCAACAGCCACACUGCCGUGGCUGCAAAUACGCUGUGUCAAGCCUCUAUUGACUGCUGCCAAGGACCAGCUGAAGCUCAUCGACGAUGAGUGGCAAGCGCGCCAGGCUGCUGCUGCUGCCUCUAGCACUAUGGCCCCUAACCGUGCAGCGACUUAGGUCCAAAUGCGAAUCUUUUUGUAACAAUAAUACACCAACAUAGAUUCUUUGUUCAAUAAAUAACAACUUAUGAUUUCAUCAAA